UAAAUAUUCCCAUGAUUUUUCAUUGUCAAAUUACACGUUAAUUGUGUAGUAAGCAAUCAAGUUGGGCCAAUUAAACUAAGACCCUCAAAUUAUAAUUAGCCACGUUAAGUUUCUAUCUCUCUUCCAUUUCUUAUUCCCUCAAAUUUAAAAAGAAAAUGAAAAAAAGAAGACCAGAAGGAAAGCGAGAGAGAAGAGAAGAAAGGAAGCGCAGUGCAGAGGACUCAUCUUUGUCCAUCUCAACUCAGCAGAGAGAAGGAGUAAUGGGGAAGCCAUCUCUCUCCCUUUCUCUCCAUAAAGGCGUCUCCUUUUUGCAUUUGUUGGUGCCAUUUCUUUGUUCCAAUUCAUCUCGUGCUCCUUUUUGAUUCGUGGAGCGAGUGGCCUCGCAGCUGCUUUUCCAUUCCCUUCGUCGGCUCAGGGUGGUUUGUGGUAGAAUUGGAUUCAAAGGCGGUUCCUUUUGCGUCCUUGUCGUCCUCCCUUCGGCGUUUCCAGUUUCCAGUUUCCGGGGCUGAGGAUUUCGCGGUGCGGGGAGAUGGUAAGGAGAUUUGAGGGGGAAGGUUCGGGUCCUCGGAACCCUAAACGCCCCUGUGAUGAUCCUCAACAUACCGGCUAUGCUGUCGCAGAUAACCCCCUGUUCGAUGCCUCACAGUAUGUAUUCUUUGGAAAGGAAGAUGCCGAGUUGGGAGGUUUGGAAGAUGAUGAAGGUGACAAUUGUAGUUUUAUUAGGAUUGGUGAUGAAUACCAUUUCCCUACUACUACAGACAGAGAGGGAGUUGUUCCUUCUGGAGCACAAAAUGUAAAUGAGGUUGAAGGGUUAGCUUAUUUAUCUGAUAACGAUGACCUUGCGAGCACUUUUGCAAAGUUAAACAGAGUGGUCAGUGGUCCAAGGACUCCUGGAGUUAUUGGUGAUAGAGGAUCUUUUUCUAGAGAAAGUUCUUCUACUGCAGACUGGACACAGGAUGAAGACUAUUUAAACUGGAUUGAUCAGCGAAUAUUAGAUGCUGAAAAUGUUCAGGAGGGCAAGAGAUGGCGGUCACAACCACGACCGCCAUCGUCUCAGCUUUCUUUAUCAAAACCAUUGUACAGAGCUUCAUCAGAUCCUCAGCAGCCACAUUAUCAACAAACCUUUCAGCCGCAGCAGAGGCAGCAAUACGCUCAGGAAUCAACCCCUCCAGCCAGCUCACUUUUCACUUCCUAUGAUCCUCAUGGCGAACCAUCUCAGUCGUUCUCAAAUCUUACAAAGCAUUUAAGCAUUCCCUCUGCUAAUACUGGAGUACAUUUCCUUGGCCCGACUCUUGCCUCCUACACUGAUCCUCAGCAACUCUUGGGAAGAUCGGUUAGUGGAUUGCACUAUGCUCAUGACAUUGCCCGCGGAGUAGCUCAUAAUCCUACUACGAGCAGUUGGGCAAGGGACUAUUUGCUGAAUCAUACUGGUCUAUUUUCAGGUGACGAUCUGUCUCCUAACAUGCUUCGGCAUCAAUUGUCUCUGCCGAGCAAUUUGGUAGCUUCACAGAUAUUAUUGCAGCAUCAACAACAUAGAUUGUCACAACUCCAGCCAUACCAUCUCUGUUUCUCUCACUCGCAGGCUAAUUUGUUUCACUCUCAUGGUUCCCCUUCGCAAAUGAGGAACAAGCUUGAUCUAGAUAUCGGAGUGCCUGGUUCAAGAGACAAUAGACACAGAGCAUCACUAAAAGGAAAGCGCCAUUUUCAAUUUUCACAUGAGUCUUCUGAUACUGGAAACAUGAAGGUCGAUAACAGGCGGCCACAGAUUAGAUCAAAGUACAUGACAUCUGAAGAAAUAGAAAGCAUUUUGAAGAUGCAAAAUGCAGCAAGCCGCAACAACGAUCCAUACACAACUGAUUAUUAUCACCAGGCUUGUCUUGCAAAGAAAUCAACUGGAAGGCCGAAAUGCAAUUUCUGUCCAAGAAGCCUAAAAGAUUUGCCUUCUCGAUCGCGUGGCAGUAGUGAAUCACAUGCUCAUCUUCAGGUUGAUGCAGUCAGGGAGGUUCCACUCUCUUCAGUUCACCGACCUCAUCCUCUUCUUGAAGUUGACAUGCCUUCCUCGAAGUCUUCCAUGAAAUCCCUGGAGCAGGAGCCACUUGUAGCUGCUAGAAUCACCAUUGAAGAUGGUAUCUCCCUUCUCCUUGAUGUAGAUGAUAUCGAUCGGCUUUUACAGUUCAAUCCUCCACAAGAUGGCGGUCUACAACUGCGGCGGAGGAGACAGAUUUCUCUGGAUGGACUUGCAGCAACACUUAAUCUUGUUGAUCCACUGGGACCUAGUGGAGCUGGUUAUUCUGGUCUCAAUCCAAAGGAUGACAUUGUCUGUCUUCACAUAAUCUCUCUUGCCAAGGGCCGGAAACUCAUAUCACGUUAUCUUCAACUUCUCGACCCCAGAAGUAACCUCACGCGAGUAGUCUGCAUGGUUGUUUUCCGGCACUUGAGAUUCAUAUUCGGUGGACAGUCAUCCGACUCCAGUUCAUCAGAGACAAUAGAAAAUCUAGCACAGACUGUUUCCUUAUGUGUGCACAAUAUGGACUUAAGUGCACUCAGCGCUUGCCUUGCUGCCGCGGUCUGUUCAACUGAACAACCGCCUCUUCGCCCCAUUGGAAGCGCAUCCGGUGACGGAGCCACCAUCGUCGUGAAAUCUGUUCUUGACCGGGCAACUCAUCUUCUGUCGGACCGUCAAGCUGCAGGCUCUUACAGCAUAUCUAAGUGGAAUUUUUGGCGGGAAUCAUUCGACGCUUUCUUCAGGCUUCUGACUGAGUACUGCCGGCGUAAAUACGACAACAUUCAGCAAAUGUUACGCGACGAGGCAUCAAAAGAUGCUAUCCCUGUCUCUGAGGCAACUAUAGCAAUGAGGAGGGAGAUGCCUGUCGAUCUGUUACGGUCGAGCCUUCCUCAUACGAGUGAGCACCAGCAGAAGGAUUUGAUCGAGUUUGCUGAGAAAUUGAUGCCUGUUAUGGCUUUUAGAGAUCUUCAAUGAACUGAACGAUGCACAAAUCCAAGUGUCCAAGCUGUCUGACUAAUGCACUUCUAAUUCAUCAAUUAGGUAAAUAUUAAAUAUCACGAAUAAAUUUGCCUA